GGAGGGAGGGAGGGAGGGAGGAGAUAAGGGAGGAGAGAGCGGCGGUGGGCGGCGUCGUUCCUCAUGGCGGAGGCGGAGGGGGAGGCGAUGCAGAUCGAUCCUCGGCGGCCGGAGAUCGGCGACGAGAAGCAUGAAGCUUCUCUCAUCGAUGGGAACGAUCCUGUCACUGGCCAUAUAAUCUCCACCACUAUCGGCGGAAAAAAUGGUGAAGCUAAAAGGACGAUUAGCUACAUGGCAGAGCGUGUAGUAGGAACCGGCUCAUUUGGGAUCGUCUUCCAGGCAAAAUGUUUGGAAACUGGCGAGACUGUUGCUAUAAAGAAGGUUUUACAGGACAAGAGAUACAAAAAUCGGGAGUUGCAGUUGAUGCGUUCAAUGGACCACCCCAAUGUCAUCUCUUUGAAGCACUGCUUCUUCUCUACCACUAAUAGAGAUGAGCUUUUCCUUAACUUGGUUAUGGAGUAUGUGCCGGAGACAUUAUAUCGUGUUCUGAAGCAUUACAGCAAUGUCAACCAGAGGAUGCCACUUAUUUAUGUCAAGCUAUAUAUGUAUCAGAUAUUUCGAGGAUUAGCUUAUAUCCAUACCGUCCCUGGAGUUUGUCAUAGAGAUGUGAAGCCACAAAAUCUCUUGGUAGAUCCUCUUACUCACCAAGUGAAGCUGUGUGAUUUUGGGAGUGCCAAAAUUCUGGUUAAGGGAGAAGCCAACAUAUCAUACAUAUGCUCUCGCUAUUAUCGUGCACCUGAACUCAUAUUUGGUGCAACUGAAUACACCACAUCAAUUGAUAUAUGGUCAGCAGGAUGUGUUCUUGCUGAGUUACUUCUUGGUCAGCCACUAUUUCCUGGAGAAAGUGCCGUCGAUCAGCUCGUUGAGAUAAUCAAGGUUCUUGGUACUCCAACACGUGAAGAAAUUCGGUGUAUGAACCCGAACUACACAGAAUUUAGAUUUCCACAGAUAAAAGCUCAUCCAUGGCACAAGGUUUUCCACAAGCGUAUGCCUCCAGAAGCAAUAGAUCUUGCAUCACGCCUUCUUCAAUAUUCACCAAAUCUUCGUUGCACUGCGCUUGAGGCGUGCGCUCAUCAGUUCUUUGAUGAAUUACGAGAGCCCAAUGCACGAUUGCCAAAUGGCCGCCCAUUUCCUCCUCUUUUCAACUUCAAACAGGAGUUAGCUGGUGCUUCGGCAGAGCUUAUCAACAAGCUGAUACCAGAACACACUAGGCGACAAUGUGGCCUCAAUCUGAAUUUCACUCAUGCUACCGGAUCAUAGGAGAGCAAACAAGUUUCAUCUCCUUUUUGAUGUUGUUCAGUGCAUAGCAUGGCAAUCUCUCCAUGUUCAGAUGACUUUGGAAUUUCUAGAAUCUAACAAUCCUUCAUUGAGGAAAUCAAGGUCCCUAAUCCUCUACAUGAAACAAGCUCGAUGUAUAUUCGCCCCGACCAUGAAGAAUUGCUAGCUCCAGAAUGUUUCAGUAGGAGAGGAAACGGGAAGGUGUUAUGUUAAGAUUACGAAUAGGUUCAAAUCUCAGCUCUACCUGGCCUUCUGUACCAUCUUCUUGUUUGAUUUGUUAGCUUUCAGCUUUUUGUAGCGGCAGCAAUAUCUGUAAUAUGUUUUCACUUGUCUAUUGUUGUAAAUGCUCUUCGUCUAGAGUGCUAUAUUGUCUCGGUAAUGGCAUUUAUGGUGUUCCCGAAAGUUCUAACCUAUUAUAAGUUGUUUCUAUCUUUCUUA